ACAUACACAUAUACAUACACAUACACAUAUACAUACACAUACACAUACACAGUAUCAUAUGAUUUGAGUUGGUGAUGGCAAUGGACGUGGCUAAUAUUAUUGUAUUGUAUUGUUUUGUUCAUUUAAAAUUAAUCUGGUGAUGGUGUAUUUUUUUUAUUUCUUUCGGCACAUCGGGAGGGUGUGGCCCUUGACCAAAAUAAUUAAGUACUGUAAUUUUUAUUUAGUGGUUACUCCCGCCGCCCAUAAUUUAAAACAAAUAGCGCUUAAUUUUACUAUUGAUGGUUUGGUUUGCUGAUGGUCUGUCAGUACCAAAAAAAAUUGUGGUUUGUUGGACGAAGGAAUUUUUCAAUUCCAAUUUUAUAAAGACUCCCUAAAAUUUCCCAAUUGUAAAAAAAAUUAUAUUUAUAAUUCUUCUUAUUCUUCUUUUAUUAUUAUUCUUUGUUAAUCAAUUCAAUUAAUAACUCAAUUGAUAUUAAGAUAAUAAAAUCAUUAUAAUGGCCGUCACUAAAAUUUUCGCUCGUACUGUUUACGAUUCAAGAGGUAAUCCAACUGUUGAAGUUGAUUUACACACUGGUAAAGGUUUAUUCAGAGCCAUUGUUCCAUCUGGUGCUUCCACUGGUAUUCAUGAAGCUUUAGAAUUAAGAGAUGGUGAUAAAUCAAAAUGGUUAGGUAAAGGUGUCUUAAAAGCCGUUGCCAAUGUUAAUGAAAUCAUUGCUCCAGCUUUUGUUAAAGCUGAUAUUGAUGUUAAAGAUCAAACUAAAGUUGAUGAAUUCUUAAACUCUUUAGAUGGUACUCCAAACAAAUCUAAAUUAGGUGCCAAUGCUAUUUUAGGGGUUUCCUUAGCUGCCGCUAAAGCUGCUGCUGCUGAAAAAGGUGUUCCAUUAUAUAAACAUAUUGCUGAUAUUUCUGGUGCUAAACAAGAUAAAUUUGUUUUACCAGUUCCUUUCCAAAAUGUCUUAAAUGGUGGUUCUCAUGCUGGUGGUGCUUUAGCUUUCCAAGAAUUCAUGAUUGUCCCAACUCAUGCUCCAACUUUCUCUGAAGCUUUAAGAAUUGGUUCUGAAGUUUACCAUAACUUAAAGGCUAUCACCAAAAAAACUUACGGUCAAUCCGCUGGUAAUGUUGGUGAUGAAGGUGGUGUUGCCCCAGAUAUUGGUUCUCCAAAGGAAGCUUUAGAAUUAAUCACUGCUUCUAUUGCCAAAGCCGGUUACACUGGUCAAGUUGGUAUUGCUUUAGAUGUUGCUUCAUCUGAAUUUUAUAAGGAAGAAGAAAACAAAUAUGAUUUAGAUUUCAAAAAUCCAAACUCUGAUAAAUCUAAAUGGUUAACUGGUGAACAAUUAGCUUCUUUAUAUGAAGAAUUAAUUAAUGAAUAUCCAAUUGUUUCUAUUGAAGAUCCAUUUGCUGAAGAUGAUUGGGAUGCUUGGGUUCAUUUCUACUCUAAAGUUGGUUCUAAGAUUCAAAUUGUUGGUGAUGAUUUAACUGUCACUAACCCAAUUAGAAUUAAGACUGCCAUUGAAAAGAAGGCUGCCAAUGCUUUAUUAUUAAAGGUUAAUCAAAUUGGUACUUUAACCGAAUCCAUCAAUGCUGCUAACGACUCUUAUGCUGCUGGUUGGGGUGUUAUGGUUUCCCAUAGAUCUGGUGAAACUGAAGAUACCACCAUUGCUGAUUUAUCUGUUGGUUUAAGAGCUGGUCAAAUUAAGACAGGUGCUCCAGCCAGAUCCGAAAGAUUAGCUAAAUUAAAUCAAAUCUUAAGAAUUGAAGAAGAAUUAGGUGAUAAAGCUAUCUAUGCUGGUAAAGAUUUCCAAAAAUCUUCUACUAUCUAAGUUACUUGAUUGAUUUUCUUUACUUUUUUUUGCUUUCCCCUUUUUCUAUGGUAUUUGUGUUUGAUUCCGUUGAUAAUUGAUACAUUUAUUGUAUAGAUGUUUUCAUACAGGGAUUCAAAUUUUAUUUAAAAAAAAAAUAAGUAAUUCAAGUAGAUAACUUUUUCUUAAUAAUGAUUUAACAAUAUAAAAAAACUACGAUAAAAUGAAUUGAUUUAAUAAUAAUAAU